UACAGUUGUGCAGCUCCAAGUUCCGCCGAUUACCAUACCCACCCAUCGCUCAGUUAGCUUGUAAGAGUCGAACCGGGCGGAGGGCAACGGUUUUUUUGGCCACCUAAGCCAAAAAUCAACACGCUUGCUCCGUGUCCAACGAACCGGAGACCGUAGAUCGGGAAUCGGACGGGGAGGAGGAGGAGAAGGAGCAGUCAUGCCCAUCCACUGGGACUGGGACUGGGAGCACGACCACGAGCAUGGCCCGGGGCACCACCACUGGCCGCCACCGCGUCGCCACUGGUCGACGGGGGAGUCCAAGUGCCGCCAGAGGCACUACUACCUGUCUCACGACCUGGACGUCUGCGCCAGGGACUUCCACCUGCGGAUGGAGGACAGUGCCUGGUGCCAUGGAUCCUGCUUGGUGGGCCGCGUGGUCAUCGAGACCGGAACCGAGCCGGACUCCCUGGGCAGGGGAACCUUCAAGGUGGUGCUGGACGUGCACCACUUCCAGAUCGGCGAGCUCACGGUGAAGGCCAGGAACAGUGACACCGUGUGCGUGGAGGGCAAGCAGGCGGAUGACCGGGCGGAGAAGGGUCAACUGUGCAUCACCCGCGAGUUCACCCGAUCCUACAAGCUGCCCCGGCACUACGACGCCACCCAGGCGAGGGCCACCUUCUCGGCAGACGGGAUACUGAUGAUUACGGUGCCAGCACCACCGAAACUGGACGACGUGGAGCGCCUGGUGGAGAUCGAGCCCACGGGCAACUACUUUGGCAGCGUCUCGGACCCCACGGCGCCCAGGGCCAUCGAGCAGGGGGAGGCGAAUGCGGAGGGCAAUGGUGGAGAGGCUAAUCCUGCUGGCACGGCGAUGGACAAAUGAAGCCGGCGACGUCUGGCGGUUGCGCGGCGCUUCCGCUUCCUCAUCCCGAAGUGGAGGCGGAAACCCAAAGGCGUUUAGGCCGCCAGAGGCAGUCGAUCGGUGGGAAGGAGGAUGAGAAAAGAGGAAGGAGGCGAACCAUAGCAUGUACAUCCCAGUCACCUGGCACACCUGCACCCUGGAGUUCUUCCCGCAAAACCAAAGUCACUUGGAUUGUUCUUAGGUUCCAACAUAGCUAGCACGUAGACCAUCGUUCGAAACGUGGGCAAAUAUGGCGAGGUCGACAUUUCUCUAGGUUUUUCCGAAGAUAGCUUCAAUAUAACCUUAAACAGUUGACAACCGCUUGUGAUUUUGUUUUUCGCCAAUAAAGGACUUUAUCAGAAAGCAAA